AUGGUUGUCCCAGAGUCACAAGAUGCGCAACUGUCCCCAAGUGGCUCAGUGGGCAGAGGCACCAUGCAACCGCAUGGAUGCAACCCGUCCCCAUCUCAAAACCAUGGAAGCCCACAACCUCUUAGCUCUAAUGGGAAUAUUUCACCAGCCAACACCCGUCUCCAUUAUGAGCCACAGGAGACAGACUUUCUGCUCCCAAAUCAACUGUAUGAGCAUUGCUUGGUGAAUGCAGGAAAAAUGGAACCUGCCAGAGAAAAGUGGUUGUUGAUCGUUGGGAACCUGGCGCUCAAGCAGCUUCAAGCCACAGUGCUCGGCCUGUUCGCCUCUUUGAUGGCGACUCUGCUGGGCUGGAUGGCAGAAGGAACGGUGCCCUUCCGCCAUGUGAUGCUCCUGUGCUCAACCAGUAUUUCAACCGCCUUCGUGGCUUCAUUGCUGCAAGGUAUUAUUAUGGUGGGAGUGAUCAUUGGCUCCAAGCGAAUGGGAAUCAACCCUGACAACGUGGCCACACCUAUGGCGGCCAGCUUUGGGGAUCUCAUUAGUCUUGCCUUGUUGGCCUGCUUCAGUCAGUGGUUCUACUCCCUCAAAGACCUGUAUCCAUACGUUUUGUACCCGGUGGACUUGCUAUUUUUGUGCCUGAUUCCUCUUUGGGUGGUCGUCUCCUCCAAACAUCCAGCCAGUCACGUCCUGCUCCGCACGGGCUGGGAACCAAUGAUUACAGCAAUGGCCAUCAGCAGUAUCGGAGGACUUAUUCUGGACAAGACUGUGUCGAAUCCAAACCUUGCAGGGAUUAUAGUUUAUGCUCCAGUCAUAAAUGGUAUUGGGGGAACUCGUAUUUCUACUCAUUUGCAUUUGAAUUACUCACCUGGAGAGGUUCCUGAAGACCGUAAGGGCUGCUUCAGCACUUACCACACUUUCUUUGGCUCAGGAGCAAAUCAUCGCUCUGCCCAGGUUCUGCUGCUGUUGGUGAUCCCUGGUCAGCUCAUUUUCUUACACCUUGUCCACCUGAUGAAGGGCGGCCAGACGGUGCCCAGUCCUCUCCUGACUGUCAGCUUCUUGUCUGCUUCCCUCAUUCAGGUCUUCUCCCUGCUGUGUGCAGCCGACUGUAUGGUCCACUGUCUGUGGCGGAGGGGUAAGGACCCCGACAGUUACUCGAUCCCCUACCUCACAGCCCUCGGAGACCUACUCGGGACUGCUCUCCUCUCGCUUGCUUUUGUCAUGCUGUGGUGCAUCGGUGACUCAGGCAGUGUGUCGUUUCACAUCAAGGAAAAGGUUUAA